AAGAGGUUUUUGCGUUCUGUAUGGAUUAGAUUCAGCAAUCAUCUGUUUUGCAGCAGAGUGAGCCUCUUUAGAUCUUCGACAUUUUCAAGUAGCGCACAGGCUAGUCAAUACUGACGGGUGGGUGAUGCAGAAGGUGGCCUUCGCAGAUAAGAGGCAGAUGUAAACUGAGAAAAUUCGAGUGCACAGAGUUAGAAUAACAUUUUUUUAUAAUACAGCUGAAUACAUUGCACAGUUCAAUAUGUUCAAGCACUCGCUGCAAAUAAACCAAAAAACCCCACCAUUUCAAAUUGAUGUAUACUUUUUUGUUUUUCAGACUCCAUCAGCUGUUCAGAAGAUAAAACAGCUUCUUAAAGAUAAACCUGAGCAUGUAGGUGUGAAAGUAGGUGUUCGCACAAGAGGAUGCAAUGGACUUUCUUACACGUUAGAAUAUACAAAAUCGAAAGGAGACUCCGAUGAAGAAGUAGUUCAAGAUGGAGUUAGAGUGUUUAUUGAGAAGAAGGCGCAGCUGACACUUCUAGGAACUGAAAUGGACUAUGUAGAAGACAAACUGUCCAGUGAAUUUGUCUUCAAUAAUCCAAACAUCAAAGGAACAUGUGGCUGUGGAGAAAGUUUCAACAUCUGAAAUCUCAGGACUGCUUCUUUGACUUUGAACAGCCCAAACCACUUACUAUUAUGGCUUUUGGAAGCAAAUGCAUUUUCUUCAGGUUUGUAGGCUGCAUAAAAUGGGGAUAUCUUUAAGAAAAAAUAAAUAAUUUUGAAAAUGUAAAUUGUGUGUUAAAUUCCACCACUGAUGUAGUUAUGCUGUAAUUUGUGAUGAGUUGGAAUCCAAAAGGUAAGAACAGUAAGCGCUAUAGUAACUUCUCUGUACUCUCACAUGCCAAGGAAAUAAAAUCUCACUGUCA